AUGAGUACUCUGACAACUACCACCUCAUUUCAUUGUAUAUUCAGAUCGAUUUAUAUUAGACAAUUGAUAUUCAAUCAUAUCAAUGAUAUAUCAAAUCGAUUGGCUGGUAGAAAAGGUAAAGAUAGAGACCAAAUACUACCUGAAAGAAGACAAAGAGUGAUUAGUGAAUACUGCUGUCACCAAAGUGCAACAUCGGAUACACUAGAACAUCUAGUGGAAUGGUGUCAAGUUGACUUUGAUUGGGAGUAUUUAAAUAGAAAGAAUGGUUAUGCAAUAGACAAUCAAGAUGUAUUAGAGUAUCUUAUCAAGAGAUAUCCUUCCAUGGGAAAUAGUACCACCUCUUUUCUAGUUGAAGCAAUGAACACUGCAUGCGAAAAUGGAUAUCUCUCAACUGUCAAAUUGAUAGACUCUAUAAAAGAUGUACAAUUAGAUCUUAAAGAAACGCAAACAGCAAUGUACACUGCUUGUUGUUAUGGAUUCAUUGAUAUUGUAAAAUAUUUACACGAGAAUAGAACUGAAGGAUGUAGUUCAGAUGCAAUUAUAAGUAAACUAAGUUGUAAUAAUCGAACUGAAGGUGCAUCAACAAAGGCUAUGGAUUGGGCAUCUGAAUAUGGCCAUUUAGAUAUUGUUAAACAGCUAAAUCCAUUUUUGUUGAAAGGUGGCUACUUGGAUGUUGUCAAGUUCCUUUAUAAACAUCGUAGUGAAUGUGUAUCAACCUCUGCUGUGCAUUGGGCAGUUGCAAAUGGUAGUACAGAAAUUAUAAAGUUCCUUGAAAAAUAUCUGGAUAUGGAAACAGAAUCGAAAAAUGUAAAUGAAAUUAUAUUUCAAAAAGUAUUAAAAUCAAAAGUAAUCAAUAAUAAUAUUUGGAAACAGGUUAGAGAAAUUCAUCAAAUGUUGGGAUUGGAAACAGUUAAAUAUAAUUCUGACAAUGUAGAUUUCUGGGCAUCGAAUCGUUACUUUGACCAUUGUACCGAGAAAUAUUUACAAUUUAAAUAUGUGUCAAGACAGAUGAUUACAUUUCUUCGUCGUCUCAAAGACAGUGACGUCGAGUUGGUUGAUAGCUUGGUCAAUCUCAACAACCUUCAAGAUUUUCAAAGUUCUAGGGUCAUUGAUGAAACCAUUGCUAGUGGAUCAUUUGAGGUAGUUCGUCAUCUCCACCAAAGAGGAUUUAAUUGGUCAAUAUAUGGUUUUAAAUUGGCAAUCAUCUUGGGUCACGUCGAUAUCUUGAAAUACAUAAUCGAGUAUUCCAACCCAAUCACCAAGCAACCCCUCGAAUCUGUCUACUCUGAACCAAAGUCAGAGGCUGUUAGUCUAUUGCCUUUUAAUCCACUUAGAACUACUCUCUGUCUAAACAUCUCGACAAAUAUGUUACAACAAGGGUUGUUUAUUGGCCAAACAUUAUAA